GUCAAUUCACGUUUCGGUGAUGAAAAAUCACUUGACUGCACACAUAACAAAAGUUACUUUUACUCGGGGUUUGCGGAAGGGCUUGCUGGUGGGGGUGGCGCUGAUGGCGGUGGGCACGUGGAUCAAAUGCGGGUCUGCGGAGCCCAGCCGCUACGCCGUUACGCUCACGGGCCAGACGUUCGUGGGCAUGUCGCAAGCCUUCCUGCUGAGCGUGCCGCCGCAUAUCGCCUCCACCUGGUUUGGGUCGGACGAGGUGUCUACAGCAUGCUCGCUGGGCAUCUUGGGUCUUCAGCUGGGCGUGGCCGCGAGCUUCCUGGCGCCGUCCAUGAUGGUGGGCAACCACGAGAACCUGGACGACGUGGGCCGCGAUCUGGCCCGCAUGUUCUACAUCGUGGCGGGCGUAUGCACAGCGCUGCUGCUGCUCACCGCCAUCUAGCGCCGAGCGCUGACGGGCAGUGGGGGCGAAGUUUUCCAGGAGAAGCCGCCGCUGCCCCCGAGUGUGGAAGCGCUGCUGCAAAAGGGGCAGAGCAAGACCGACUUCCGCGCCUCGCUGCGCCGCCUCUUCCGCAGCCGCAACUUCCUGGCCCUCAUGAUCACCUACGGCUUCAACCUGUCCGUCUUCAACGCCUUCUCUACGCUGCUCAACCAGCUCAUCUUGAUCUAUUUCGCGGAAGGUCAAGAGUUGGCUGGCCGCGUGGGACUGGUGUUCGUGACGACAGGCAUGAUCGGAUCUGUCAUAUGCGGGGUGUUUCUGGACAAGACACAUCGUUUCAGAGAGUCUAUCGUCGCUAUUUAUGUCCUGUCGACGGCCCUCUUGCUAGUGCUGACGUUCAUAAUGGCCCUCAAGUCGGAGCUGCUGGUAUAUCUCGUCGGCGGUGCAUUUGGCACGUUCAUGGGCGGCUACAUGACUGUGUCGUUCGAGUACGGCGUGGAGCUGACGUACCCGGAAUGCGAGAGCACCAUGGCGGGCAUGCUGCUGCUGUCGUCGCAGGUGAUGAGCGUGUUCAUCACCAUGCUCUACGGCUGGCUGCUGAACGAGGCCGGCGACGUGUGGGCGAACGUGGCGCUCACCGCCUUCAUGGCUGCGGGCACCGUCAUCACCGCGCUCAUCCGGCCGGAUCUGCGCCGCCAGGCCGCUCACGCCGCCGCCGCCGCGCCAGACUCGCCCGCGCCCGCGCACACCACGCUGGCGGACGCCGAAGCAGCCGCCACCGACGCCGACGCCGACGCCGAGGCUGACCCCGCCGAUGGUGAAGCCGACGCCCUCCCCGAGGCCGUGAAACUCGUGCGGGCGUGAUAGCCGUGACGGCCAAGGGCGACGUCACUCGCUGGUGGCGCUGUGGAUUUUAGGGUAGCUCUACCCACGGUGGAAAGGCAAUUGGAAUAGACCACCUUGACAAAAACGUUUUUCUACAGUGGCGCCGUUCGUAACGGAUCACUUGAUAUAAUUUUACCACUUGGUUCAUUCAGAGACCACUUGUUACAAGGCGACACACACGUUGAAAACAUCUCUUCAUGUACGUGUUAAGUAAUUUAGGAACAGGUGGAAGAGGGUGAACUGAUGGACCAAGUCAUUUAGGAACUUGGUUCCCAUCAGAGUGUUACGAAUUCCUUCUGUGUGUGAAAUGCAAAGUUUGUCAACGAAGACAAGUAUAUUUUAGGGUGGCAAGCCAUGAGGGCGUCACAGGUUACAACAUACUGUAACUGCGGCUCUGACGAAAUCAGCGCUCACAAAAUUGAUUGAUUGAUUAGGAUUUCCGGUCAUUAGGAUCGUAAGUGUAGUACAUGUUUUGUCACGGGAGAUAGCGGAGAUCUUCCGCAAGAUGGUCACCCACACGUCGGUCACCGGGGAUUUCCCCAAGGUAUAUCCCAUUAGCGGGGCACCGCCCUAUGCAGGACAAGCUCAGUGCUCGACCGGUCUCCCGGCAUGUGUGUUAGUGUAAUGCACGUUAGCGUAAAUGUGUAGGGAGAAAGGAGAAGAGGCUGGAACAAUUGUGCGUGGUCUGUAGCCCGUUUGGUGGGGUACUGCUUCGGCAUUCGCCGAAUGCCCUGCUGAUCGGAGACAUUAACGAAACUACUGAUCAGAGCACCUGAUAGCUAGAUUUCACAUCCAGAGAGUGGCUGAAUUCGAUCUAGCUAAUGACGAAAAUCCUGCCACCGUCAGGAUCAGAACCCCAGGAUCCUCCGGUGAUGGUGAACCCUAAGUCUUGGAACUAGAGUGACAUCAUAUCCUGAGCCACCUAAGCCGGUGAGCACAUGAAAGCGAUCUGGAUAGUAUUCACGCAGCCGUUAAUGUUAAUUAUGGUAAUUUAAUGUUGGUAUCAAUCUCAUAAAUUUUAACAUUAUGGCCAACACGACCUUCGCUGGCUGAAUGCGAUGUUGAGUAUUCACAAAUAUGAUAUUCUGUAAGAUAUGUAUCGCGACCUCACCAUCAACGAUUUGAUAUUUACUCGUAUUUCCAAAACACAGAGGACGAAGUUCUCUGUUCGUUGUGAGCAUCUACUGUUCUGUACUACAACAAAUUUAGGAAUCACCUAUAGUAAUCAGAGCCCAUGCAUGCACAUGGCUGUGCCGGCAUUCCCGCAGCCAUGAAAUUCACGCAGACAUAAUCGGCAUGCCGGUCACGGUCAAGGGCAAAGUCAUUGGAGGCCGCAAAACACGGCGUUCCAGUUAGGCAAGCAAAAAAAGGAGGUUGUCAACCCUGUCAAGAAGAUGUUUGCCAAGUAGAACUUGCGGUUGACGGUUUUUAUAAUCUCAACCAAUUUCUUCAUCACUGUGGUUACAUAAUUAAUGUAACAAGAACAUUCAUUCCAUCAGAAUUGGCUGUGGGAAAUGUAAAUGAUAUUAUUGCUUUGUGAUACGGUAUUCAUUUAUAAUGCCUUAAUAUCAGGAAGUCCUUAUUGUGAUUCAUCAGUACAUGGAAUCUUUUUAAUUAUCAUUAAAAUACGUGUACACAAAUUGCUUUUUUUUUCUGCUCGAAAGGAAAAUAGAACUGAAGUAAAUAAGAUAUAAUAUCAACUCCAUGCUGGUGUUUAAAUAUCAACACUAGUUUCACGUUUAUUGUUCACUGAUUCUAUUUUGUAAGUUUAAACACAAUGUCACGGCUGCUUUAAUAAUUUGGUUAAUAUUUUGCACAAAAAAUGAAAUGACAUUCUCAAAUUUUAAAAUUCUUCAUACUCUUUACGAGUACCAAGUCGAAUAUGUAAUAUUUAUAUUAUUGUUGACAACAACUUAAACAUCGGUUAAAAUGCAAUAAUUUUGUAGUUAAGUGUAUGUAUAAUAUUCGAAUUACUUUGUACCAAUUACGUUUUAGCCAGGAUAUUAUUAGAACACAGCUAUACCUUCAUUGUAGAAACAUAUUUACUUUUGCUGAAUGUUGAUCUUUUUUGUUAAAACAAUGUAUUUUUAAACUAUUAAUUCAAAACUAACUUGAUAUUUUUACGAACACGUGUAGUACAAUGUCCUUCCUUCCUUCCUUCUCAUUCAAUGUAAAUCAAACAUUUACCAAUCUAUUCCAAUUAAACAUUUUUUAAAAGUAUUCUUACAUUGUUCUAUGAUCGAAGUGAAGGUUUCAAGAAUUUUGACCUCAUUUUAAGUACUUAACAUUUUUGUAAAAAAUAUGUACUGCAGAGAAGCUGCUAAAUUGAAACAUGUUAGUUGUUACUAGUGUAAACAUAUUUGCAGAAAAAUACACCCUUUUAAAACCUUUUUAUUUGUUUUGCAUUUUCA